GAUCCGUCUAUCCUAGACUUUUCCCGGCCUAUGAAUGACGUAUUUGUAAAGGCAAUGAGUCUCAGUAUGAACCAGCCUCUUUCAGACUCUGUACGAAGUUUGGAUGGCAGUUCAAACGAUGUGGUCGCUGCGGCAGGGUCGUUGAAAUCAUUGCAGCUCCGUACUGUUGUUACUCCUGCUCCUCCUCCCACUGAAGUUGGCGCUUCGGGGGAUGUUGAAAUAAUUCAACUACUGAAGAGUCUGUUGGCCGAGACUAAGGCUCAGGCGGCUUCUAUUAAGACGUUAACAAACAAGGUGCACGAGAAUAAGAAUCAACUCACAAAACUGGCUAACGUGCAAGCAUCCAUCUUGAGACAAGUUAAUGCUCUCAAUCCCACUCUCACCACCCCUGCUACCCCCACGUCACCUACCUGGGCCAUUCAGCUGGUGGAUCAAGUGCACAAGCAGAAACUCGAAACGGCAAAGCAGUUGACGCAUCUGGAAACAAUGCUGAACAACAUUCAAAACUCUGCUGCUUCAAAAGCUUCGGCAAAAAAACCGCAGACGACAUCUCUUUUAGACGCAAAGCAGAUGCAGUCUUUGCAGGAUCAUACGCGUAAUGCCAUGCGGACUGAAAUGCAAAACAUCUUUAAGUCGAAUAUUCCCACAAUCCUCGAGCCUCUGCGUCAGCAUUUGCGAUCCUCCCUAGAGGAGAUGCUAAGUCCUCUGCCUAAGACAGUGGCUGAUCGGAUGCUCUCCGUUAUCGUCGAUCCAAAGUUCGCGCAGUACUUUUCCGGCCAGAUGAGCUCGACGAUUGCACCUAGUAUGACGAUUGCUUACCGCGAGGAAAUACGUCGAGUGCUUGUGCCGGCAUUUACAAAGGGGAUAGACAAACUUACUAAAGAGUUGAAUGAACUUGUCAGCAACGCCCUGAACCAGCACAUACAGCUGGUGGUUACAAAGAUGGAUUCUGGUGUCCAGUCCUCGCGUGACAAGAUCGAUGCAUCGGCUCGAAAGUUCGAUGACCAUGUUAGCCAACUGUCAAUGGAUAUCGCAGCUGUUACAGUUCAAAUAAGUGAAUUGCUAAAAGUAUCCUCCUCGAAGCAGCAGCCACAACCACCAGCGCCAGAUAUUGCAAUGUCGCCUGCAUUUGCAGCAACAGGAGCAGGAUUAUCAGCUUCGACUCCAAGAGACUUGUCGGCAAAAGCUCCUAGAUCGGCCUUCGAUGUUGCUGGAGGAGGCGGUAGUAAGCAGCAGUUAAGGAGCUUCAUUUCGGCGGGCACUGUGUCUACAGAUCCCUACCAGUCGGCUCUCAUGUUCAUUCAAAACCACCAAUUUGUUGACGCCCUUGAGAUGGCGCUGACCUCUGCGAAUCAGACACUAUUGCUGAAGGUAUUGCAGAACGUUCCAGUGGUACAGCUCUUCCGCCAAAAUGUGAAACAGGAGCUCCUUCUUUCCCUAAUUCAUCAACUCAGCUGUGGGCAACUUCAAGAACAGUUAGAGAUGAAGAUAUCGUGA